ACACAGAGUGUAAACCGGAAACAGGUUUGCGUCAUGAGUGAGUGAGCAUCACAAGUUUGGCAUUCCUAGAGGUCGCCACCACUUUGCGACGAUGUCGGAGGCAACGUUGCCGCCUGGCUGGGUUGCGAAACGCUCGAGGUCUCACCCUAACCUCGUCUACUAUGCCAACGCGAUCACUCGUACGUCGACGUGGGACGAUCCUCGGCUCGAUAGUGGUUUGAACAAAAAAGCUGCGGAGGUAGACAAGUGCGUCUCUCCUACUGCGAGAUGGAAACCCAUUGACGACAAGAAAGAAGUGAUUGCAGGUGGAAGUUCCACGCUUGAACGUAAAAAAAGUCUAAGCAGUCAACGAAGCGGCAGCUUCAAGCCAGUACCAAGGGCAUUGAUGAUGCCAGGCAAACGACAUAGCUGUGAUAGUAGCAAUGCGAAUGAAAUUGGAAAGGGUAAAAAAUCAAAACAUAAUGAUCCAACAUAUGGCUCCCCUAAUCAAAAAGUGAUAUCUGACCUCUCCUCAACGAUGACUAAAAGUGAAAGCAAGAAGCUUAAAUCUUCCAAGAAGGCUCUUUUAGUUUUAAUUUCAGAUGGCGAGGAUACAGGAAUCCCCGACAAACGUGUUUUAAAAGUCUAUAGCGAUGGACAAAAAUCUAGGGAGACUAAUGGUGUGCACAUAGCAAAGCCUUAUAAAUUUCGUGCUCCCAUUGUAAGUAAGCAGCCUUCAGACGUCACCAGUCCUCGAGUGAAAGUCGGAACUAAGUCACCGGGUAGUCGGAACGCUGCAUCAUUCGCAUGCGAAAGUUUGCGAAUGCCGCUGAAACGGAGACCCGUUCCCGCGGUAACCGACUCUUCCGGGAAGCCGAAGCAAUCUUCGGCUCAGGAUGGAAAACAUUCGGAAGAUGCUCGGCUGGACGUGUCUAGAAGAACUAGUGCGUCUGUAGGCGAAGAUUGUAAAUCUUCAGCAGCCGAGACUGCGCGUCAGCAGACCCCAACGGUACUGUCAGAAUCGUCGCUGCCCUCCUCAAGAAACGUGUCGGCGAUCGAGAAUAAAAUAUUGCAAAUCACGUGGAACCGGAGGAAAAAUAAACUGAUUAGUAAACCUAGCAGAUGGGAUGUCACAUCUGUCUCCCAGAAGGGCCGUAAUUCUAAUUUGUCCGGUGAAAGUGGAGUACUGAAGAAGAAGGUGCUGCAGAUGGCAAAAUCUCCUUCAAAGACCAGUGGAUCGACACUCAGUACAGCAGACAGAUUACUUUCAGCUCUGUGUACAGAAACGAAGGCAGAUAAGGACAAAGAGACCAAGAUUCAGCAUUCUUCUAUAGUAUCAGCUACAUACAGCCCAUCAGAAAGGUCUCUUUUGCCCCUGUCUUCAAAAAGCCUAGUGGUAAACAAGAAAAAGAAAAUGUGCAAAAAGAAGGUGAAAAGUUCUGCUUUAGACUCCAGAGAUAGUCCAUCUAUCAGCUCUGCCUCAUCUGUGCCAACAGAAACCUUCGCGCAAAAGACUGAAGAGGUAGACCUGGAAAAACCUUCUUUAUACAGCAGUGAUUGGACACCCACCAUACUAAAGAAAUUCAAGUUAGCCGGCCAAAAGCGAGAUGAUGGGAAUUCGGGGCCAAGGAGCAAUUUUCUCUCUGCACUACUGGCAGAGUCCAUACAAGAAACCAAGAGGACAGGUAGCAGAGAAACUCUACGUCAAGAUAGUGAUGCAGCCGCAGCAAAAUGUGUGAAUCAGUUUAAAUUUUGCACGUCUACAGGUAGGAAAUCUCCCUGGGAUGUUAUUGUUCGCAACGCUGUAUCCAAUGACGUUGAAGACAUGGACUGUGAACUGUUGCCAGCUGCUAACAUGUUGAAGGAAGCACCGUCCUCACUGAAACAACUGUCAUGCAGGGAGGUCCUGAAUUCCAGUUCUAACCAUAACACAGUCCCGAUGGAUGUGGAAAUCAGUGAUGCAGAAGGGAUAGUGACAAAAGAUCUGCACGACAUCAGGAAGCAUCUGCAGAGCGUGGGGUCAGUGCAGAGUGGACAGCUCUCCGGCUUGUUGAUUACACCGGUCAAGGCGCCGGCCGCGCGCAAUCUACUGCGUCUCUUCAUCGUGUUGGACACGAACAUAUUGAUGUAUCAUCUGAAAUUCAUCGACGAACUGAAGGACCAUGAUAUCAGUGGACUGGGUCGUCCUACGUUGGUCGUGCCGUGGGUCGUGAUGCAGGAGCUCGAUGGCCUGAAGGGAAGCAACAGGGCGAGCAAGCUCAACAAGCUAUGCAGUGUGACGCAGACGGCAGCGCAGAGUGCAGUCGAUUACCUGUAUGCUUCCUUGAAGAGCAAGCAUCCACGUAUCGUAGGCCAAACCGCCAUCGAAUCGGCUGAGAAAAGUGACUACCUCAUAGUUGAGUGCAAUGAUGAUCGGAUACUUAAAUGCUACUUCCAGUAUAUGAAGAAAUACCCAAAAUGCCAUGUUGUGUUGUUCACAAAUGACAAGAACCUGUGUGCGAAAUCCAUGAUCAGUGGUGUGAAGGCUUACAACAAACAGACGCUGUCGCAAGGGCUGAGAGAGCUCACUCCAUUGAAUGCAGUUGCUGAUGGUGACAACCCGCCUCGGGCAGUGGAUGCAUCAGCUUCUCCGUCUGCUUCUGCUGCAGGUUUUCCACCACUAGCAGUACAGCAGGAAGUAUCAUUGCAGUCAGGGCAAGUGCAACAGGCAUUGACAAAUAGCAGUGACAUGAAAGACCAACCCCAGACAACAGACCAGGAUAAUGCAGCAGCUCUGUCAAUAUUGGUGGCCGAGGUCAUGCGUGAGUUGUGGAGAGAGCUGCGGAGGGGCCUGGCAGGGGCGUUGGAAAGUGAGAUGAAGCUUGCCUACGACGACCUGUGGCUGAGCAUCGUGUUCCGAAAACCCCCGUGGAGCCUCUCGGACGUUCUCACGUGUAUACUGAACGGUCUCCUGUUUGACAGCCUCGGUGUCAGCCACGCGUUGGUCUACGAGCGAUCGGGAGCCGCGCUGCCCGGCCAAGCCGAGGCUGAAGCCUUCCUCGUCCGGCUGCUGCCGACGCUGCAGCAGCUUAGAGCGGGUCUGCAUGGUAUUGAAUGCUAUUACUGUUGUUUUGCUGAAGGGUCAGACAGACAGACAGAAGAGCUUGCUGGAAUACCCGACAACUAUGAGACGGUGGUUCUGAAGGCAUUUCAGACGAUCUGGCAAGCCAUUAACAAUUUCUGCGGUCUCCUGUUCGACAGCCUCGGUGUCAGCCACGCGUUGGUCUACGAGCGAUCGGGAGCCGCGCUGUCCGGCCAAGCCGAGGCUGAAGCCUUCCUCGUCCGGCUGCUGCCGACGCUGCAGCAGCUUAGAGCGGGUCUGCACGGAGUUAUCACCAUGCAAUCAGUGGAUGUGUCAAAGAAUAACGAAGCCUUUAGUGCUCUCUGUCACGGACUGGUUUCAUUCUUCCCCAAUCUCCUUGACAAUCAAGAGGACGUCGCAGUUGCCGCGGUGACGGCCGCCAUGUUGCAGAAGUUCUGCACGUCGCUUAGCAACCAGCAGCUGGUGGUGAACGGAUACCAGCAGCUGCAGUCGUUCGUCGAUCAGGUGUCGGCAUGCGAGCUGAUGUUGCGGGCGAGAAGCGAGAAGCCAAGUUGA